AUGGCAGAAACAGCGGUGAACUUCGUGACGGAGACGCUGCUCCGGUCACUGGAAAAAGAGGUCAAGUUGCAGUUGGAAUUGAAAUCAGAAGUCGCAAACAUACGCCAGGAUUUGCGGACCAUCAUGGCCUUUCUCAGAGAGGCAGACGUACAGGCAGAAAGAUCAAACAUGAGCUACAUGGUGAAGGACUGGGUCAGCAACGUGAGGGAAAUAGCUCAUCAAAUUGAAGACGUGGUCGACGAUUACAGGUACGAGGUGGCUCGCCGCCGUACAGGCCCCCGUGACUUUCUUGGUCAGGCUCGCCGAGCUGGAGGGUUUGCGAGGAGGAUAGUAUCGGCGCACCAAAUUUCGGGAGAUAUCGAGGAUGUAAGGGAAAGACUGAGUCGGCAGGUUGAGAUAAGAAAAGGCCUGGGGCUCACCGGAGGGGAAGUUGGCGCCAGCGGCGGAAGAGGGUCAAACAGUUUGUCGUGGCAAGAGCUGAAGCAGCUGAGGCCAGUAGGGGACGAGAAUGAACUCGUGGGCUUUGAAGCUCACAAGGAAAACCUCAAUAAUAGCAUCACACUGGGCAAUCAGAACACCGUCAUACCUAUUGCCGGCGAGGCUGGACUUGGCAAGACAACCCUAGUGUGCCAAUUAUACCGUCAUCAUAAAAAGGUCCAGGAAUUUGCAGCACAUCGAGCUUGGGUGGACGUGACGCAAACUUUCGAUACAAGAAACGUAUUAAAGAAACUGAUUCAACAACUCAAGUCUCAGAAGGAUUUUGAGAUGGGCAACAUGGAGACACGGGAUUUGAUCGAUGAAGUGAGAAACUUUCUGCAAGAAAACCGGUGCUUGAUAGUGUUCGACGACGUCUGGGUCUCAAGAUUUUGGGACGAAAUUAAGCACAUAUUACCUUCCAGACAAAACGGAAGCAGAAUAAUAAUCACGACCAGAAUUAAUGAAGUGGCAAGCCAUUGCAAGGGUAAUACACACAGUACCAAACCCUUUGUUCUGAAACGUCUUGAACGCCAACAGGCCAAGGAACUUUUCUUCAGAUUUGCAUUCCAAGGCGAUGAAUGCCCAGAAAACUUGCGAAUCUUGUCUGAUGAGAUAAUCCAAAAAUGCAACGGAUUGCCACUGGCCAUCACCACAAUUGGGAGUCUUCUUUCAAAAACAAACUUAGACAACGAUGUUUCCAAGUGGCAAAAUGUGCAUAAAAGUCUAAGUCGGGUCUUAGCUAAUGAUGAUACCGAUGCUGGCAAAGCAUUGAACAUGGUUGUGUCUGAGAGCUAUUAUGAUCUUCCUUAUCAUCUCAAACUUUGCUUUCUCUACCUGGGUGUACUCCCUGAAGACUAUCCUAUCAACUGCAACAGACUCAUUCGUUUAUGGAUAGCAGAAGGGUUCGUCAAAGAAAAACCAGCAGAGAAAUUGGAAGAAAUCGGAAGGAAAUACCUCCAAGAGCUGAUAAACAGAAACUUGAUUCAGGCUACAGUGGUUGAUUGUGACGGUAAAGUUAGAAGUUGCAGAGUUCAUGAUAUGAUGCGCGGCUUCAUUUUAAAGAAGUUUGAAGAGCUGAAUUUCUGUCAAGUUUUGGACGAUACUGGCUCGGACUUCAACUCUUUAUACUCACCACGACGAUUAUCAAUUCAUAAGAAUUUCAAUGAAAAUGAGCUUCAAGGGAUUGUUUCAGAUCCAGGCAAGGUGAGAUCUUGUAUUUUGUUCAACACUAAAGGGAUUUCAACUUCUUUCAUCACCAAGUUCAAUCUUAUGAGAACACUAGACUUCGAUGAUGCUCCACUUGAUGCUCUUCCUGAAGAAAUCGGAGACUUACUGCUCUUGGAAUAUUUGAGUUUACGAAACACAAAAGUCAAGAAGCUUCCUGCAUCAAUUGGCAAGCUUCAGAAUCUUCUCACUUUAGACAUCAAGAACUCUCACGUUCAGAGUCUUCCGCGGGAAAUCAACAAGCUUACCAAGCUUCGUCAGCUUCUAGGUUAUUCCUUCCACGGUGGUGAAAUUGAUCUGGGCAUGGCAGCUUUUUCUUACCAGGGAUUGCAGAUCAUGAAAGAAGGAUUUGGGAAAUUCAAGGAUCUACAAGAGCUGUACUCUAUCGAUUGCUACCACAUUAAUAAUGCUUUCAUAAUUAAAGAAUUGAGAAAAUUGAAGCAACUCAAGAAGCUAGGUAUCACAAGGCUAAGACGUCAAAAUGGAAGAGAUUUAUGCAGUACCAUAGAGUCUUUAACCUGCCUUACCUCAUUGUGGAUAGGAGCCGUGGAGGAGGGUGACUUUCUAGAGCUAGACUCGUUAAUCAACCCCCCAAGGCACCUUGAGCGACUUUACUUGGAGGGUCGUUUACGGAGCUUGCCAAAAUGGAUUCCCAGGCUCAAAAAGCUAGUGAAGCUAUGCUUGUACGGCUCAGGAAUAACAGAUGAUCCUAUAUUGGCUCUUAAAAACUUGAACGAGCUUUUGGAAUUACGACUUCGCAAGGCUUACCAAGGUGAAGAACUGCAUUUCCAAAAAGGGUGGCUGAAAAAGCUCAAGGUUUUACGCCUUAGGAAGCUUGAGCACUUGAAAACAUUGAAAAUACAUGAUAAGGCACUGCCACAACUUGUGCAGUUAUACAUUGGGCCUUGCCCUCAGAUGGCUGAGGUGCCCGAUGACAUUCAAAAUGUCAAACACGUACGCAGACUGGAAACUUUACUUAAGAGCCAGCGCGUCAACAGAUAUAUCAACAACUCUCUUCACUAUGCUAAUAUCAUGCGGAACAGACAUGGUGAUCGUGAUUAUUCUGAGAUGGCGCAGAGUAAUUUAAUUUCUUCUCGUCCCAAAGCCGAGCUACCACAUCCAAAUGGCGAGACAGCAGAUUGGAGGGUUUGGGUACCUCUAGCAUCUCUGAUGUCUGUUUUCGUUGUCAUGCUAGCGUUAGCGUCCAGAUAUCUGGAGCAGCUGCCUUUUUGGAUUCUCUGA